UGAAAUCGGACUUCAUGAUCUCAGGGGAAAGCUUGCUAUCAUACCACAGGACCCUUUCCUCUUCACGGGUCCUUUGAGAAUGAACCUUGACCCCGAGGACCUGUAUACAGAUGAGGACAUCUUUGCCGCCUUGGACCACACCCAUCUUCGCAGGUUUGUGGAAACUCUGCCUGAUGGACUGGACACAGACUGUGGAGAAGGAGGAAUUCACGUCUCGAGUGUUGGGCAGCGUCAGUUAUUCUGUAUGACCAGAGCACUCCUCCGAAAAGCCAAGGUUCUUCUUCUUGAUGAGGCCACAGCUUCCGUUGACAUGGAAACCGAUGACCUGAUCCAGCAGACAAUCAGGUCAGAGUUCAAGGACUGCACGGUGCUGACCAUCGCCCACAGACUCAACACGGUCAUGGACUACGAUAGGAUUCUAGUUCUUGAUCAGGGUGAGGUCAAGGAGUUCGAUUCUCCAGAGAAGCUUCUCCAGAAGCAAGGUUUGUUCUAUCAGAUGACACGUGAUGCAGGAAUCAACUCAAGAAGAAUGCCCAAUUCAAGUUGAACACUCAAGUGGAACACUAACACCAUUAAAAGCUCAUAACCCACCGUCCACGAUGAUGCAUCUUUAAACGCUCUGUCAUCUUUUUACGUUCUUGAAGAUAUCGCCGAUUGUCAUUAAACGCAGCAGAUCCUAAGUAAUAGUGAUACUCUUCAUAUUGUUGAUUAUGUCCAUGUAUUAUUCAAUAUGGAUUUGAAAUGUGUUUGUAUGUUUGGCAUAAUAUUGUGAAAUGAAUUUACAAUAUAAUAUUCGUGUGUC